UUAUGAAAGUUCCUACUCUUCCUGUGCUGAGCUCGUAGGUCUGUACACUGACUGUAUCCAAUAUGGGGGGCUCCCACCAUCCCUGUGCUGAGUUCCUGAAGUGUACAUCCACUGUGCCCAUUAUGAGGGGUUCCCACCAUCCCUAUGAUGAGUUCCUGGGUCUGUACACUGACUGUACCCAUUAUGAGGGGUUCCCACCAUCCCUGUGCUUAGUUCCGGGUUGUACUCUGGGACUGUAGCUUUCUGUGUGGUUGGACACGUCGUGGUUCCAGAAGGUGUACUCUGGGACUGUAGCUUUCUGU